AUGAGCUUUGGGUCAGCGACGGCAGCCAUCCAAGUGUCCCAGCCCACCCCGGCCAUCGAGCCUUCAUCUGCACCAACCAUCAGUUAUGAAGGCCGGGUCUCGGUGUUACCUCCGGGUUCCCUCGUCCGAGAUGUGGACCUCAAUCAAGUGUUCAACAUGGAGAAGUUCGCCUUCAAUUUCACGGUCUCCAAGGCAACGACGACGACAACGACCACGAUGUCUUCCACCGGCCUCCCGCCGCUAUACACUCCCUCGGCCAGUCCGAUUCAGGCAAUAACUACAACAGGAAGUACCUUAUACUUGGGGGAUUCAUCCCCCCGCGAGAAAGGGUCUCCUUCCAGCGACACUCAGGGUAAUCCUCAUAGCCAUACACCUAGUCCGAAGGGUGACACUUCCGGUGGAGAGAUGAUGGACGAAGACAGAUCCACGCUUUCCAAUGACUCCAUUCAGCAGAUGAACGAAAUCAUGAAGCCCCAGGAAGAUCCCAAGUGCAGACAUUGCGAUUUCACAUGCAGAGAGGAAGAAGAACUUCGAGAUCACCUUCGAGACGUGCAUGGAAGUCAAUUCGAAGAUGACGAGGACAUGGAAGAGAUCCGAGUCCCGAAGGUCAAUUCUCAAGGAAAGGUUAAGACAUUCAAAUGCAAGCAAUGUGGCUACACUGCCAUCACAAAGGUGGCCUUCUGGCACCAUUCCCGUGUUCAUAUCAAGUCAGAAAAAUUGCUCACCUGUCCCAAAUGCCCAUUCGUCACAGAAUACAAGCACCAUUUAGAAUACCACCUCCGGAAUCAUUUUGGCAGCAAACCUUUCAAAUGCGACCAAUGUCCUUAUACCUGCGUCAACAAGUCCAUGUUGAACUCUCACAUGAAGAGUCACUCCAAUGUUUAUCAGUAUCGAUGUUCAGAUUGCACGUAUGCCACUAAGUACUGCCAUAGCUUGAAAUUGCACCUCCGAAAAUACGGUCAUAAACCUGAUAUGGUCCUGAAUUACGACGGUUCGCCGAAUCCAAUGCCGAUUAUCGAUGUCUAUGGAAGCCGUCGAGGACCCAAAGUGAAGAAAGAGGAUAAGCUUUCUCCGGGACCGUCUCCUCCGAGUCGAGUUUACAAGGGGCCGGUUCCAUUUCCUCCAUUGGGUUUCCUGGAUCCGAUUUUGCCAGAGCCGGGGAAGAUGAUCCAGGUACAGGAUUUCUCUGAAGGAUUGGGAAAGCCUUCUCCCAUCCUUGCCAGGAAUGUACUGAGAUGCAACCUUUGCGAGUUUCACACUUCCGAUCGGGGACAAUUCUCACAGCAUCUUCUCAUCCAUGCCGCAGCCGAAGGAUCAACGAACGGUGCAGACAGCCAGGGUUUAAGUUAUCACACUAAUUCCCCAUCCCUUCACAUUCCGGUCAAGUACGGGAACCAAUCCAUCGGCUUUCAAAUGGACGACAUCUCUGUCGUCCCAGCGCCAAAGCGGAGCCUGAGUCCAUGCUGGAGCACUGACCAAACCCGGACGGAGGAUCCGGCCUCGCACAGCCCCCUAGACUUGAGCAAGGAGUCGAAAAACGUCCAGCAAGAGCCUGCAUCACCCUCUCCAAAGAAUCGGCGGAAGGGGAAGGCGAAGAAGCUGGAGAGAAUUGCCUGGAAGCUCCAGGAACAAAGGCUGGAGGACGAAGACUCCGUGCCUUCCCCGGAACUCCCGGAAAGACCCAAGAGUUGUCCCAAAGAAGAACCCAAACCCAAGACCAAGCCUCCAGAAAUCUACACGUGUCAGUAUUGCGACAUGGCUUUCAAGGAGGUCCUCAUGUACACCUUGCAUAUGGGCUAUCAUGGUUACCAAAAUCCUUUCAAAUGUAACAUGUGCGGGCAGGAGACGGACGACAAGGUUUCCUUCUUCAUCCAUAUCGCUCGAUCCCCUCACACUUGA